AUGGCGUGCGCGGGGCUGCUCACCGUGUGCCUUCUCCGGCCCCCUGCUCCGGAGCGUCCAAGGCCCCCCGCGCCCGCCCCCGACGCCAGGCCCGCUGGACACGCGCUCUUCCAGGAUGUUUUCCGAAGAGCAGACAAGAAUGAUGACGGUAAGCUAUCAUUUGAGGAAUUCCAGAAUUACUUUGCUGAUGGGGUUCUCAGCCCAGGGGAGCUGCGAGAGCUGUUCAGCGGCAUCGAUGGGCAUCCCACUGACAACUUGGAGACAGAGAGACUAUGUGACUACUUCUCAGAACACCUGGGUGUCUACAGACCCGUGCUGGCUGCACUGGAGUCACUGAACCGAGCCGUGCUUACUGCCAUGGACACAACCAAAUUGGAGUAUGAAGGGGCCUCCAAGGUAGACCAGUUUGUGACUCGCUUCCUGAUGCGGGAGACGGUGAGCCAGCUACAAGCCCUGCAGAACUCACUGGAAGGGGCAUCAGAUAUCCUGGAGGCACAGGCCUGUGGCCUGAGGCUGGAUGAAGAGAAGGCGGAGGUGCUGAGCAGGCCGCGUGGCAGCCGCAGGGCAGGGCGUAGGGCCCCAAGGAGCGUCAGGCGGUCACCCACCUGGUCCAGCCCCUCUGACCCAGGGUGCAUCUCAGAGGCUGAGAUGCAGUGGCGGUUCCAAGUCAAUCGGCUCCAAGAGCUCAUCGACCAACUGGAGUGCAAGGCCCCCCGGCUGGAGCCCCUGCAUGAAGAGGAGCUGGACAAUCGGUCAGACUCACACAUCUUCAUGGCCCAGAGGCAGGUUCAGGUGGCAGACGCAGCCCUUCAAGACUUCCACCGUGCCCUGCGCUGCUAUGUGGAUUUCACAGGUGCCCAGAGCCAGUGCCUACAUGUGUCUACACAGAAGAGGCUGGACAAUACCUCCUUCACCCUGUACGAGUUCUGGCAGGACGAGGCCUCUUGGAAAAGGCACCAACAGUCAGCCUGCAGCAAGACCUUCCAGCGCAUCCUUAUUGAUCACCUGCAGGCCCCGGACACCCUCAUUACUGUGUUCUUCCCAGCCUCCUGGUGGAUUAUGAAUAACGGAGUCUGA